UUUUCUCGCUGGUCCACUGCUCGGAGUCAGUCCUGGCGCGAAGAAGGUUGCACAGCAGGCUUUGCCUUCGCACCUGAGGCCUCAUGCAGAUUAAAUCUGCCACACGUUCACACCCAACGGCCUCUCAGUUGGGAAAGGAAGCUUCUGGACGUCUUCCCGAAGGCCGCCGAGACAAGACCGAGGCAGGCGGGGCCCGAGGGUCGCGCCGCCUCGCCGAGGCACCAUCGCUGAAGUUGGCGUGGAGAGGAGCAAGACGACGCCAGGACGAGGAUGGGGAGGGGGCCUGCCAGCAAAACUUCGUCCCCUGGGCGCGCCGUGCGUGUGCCUGGCGCUCCAGCUGCUAUCUUCGAGCAGCGCGACAAGGGCGUCUGGUUCCGGCUUGGCCGGCCGCGAGUGUGGUGAGUGCAACAAGCGCUGGUGGGGGCGGACACAAGGGGGGGAGAGGUGGCAAGUGGAUGAGGAGGCGGGGGAGCCAGGAGGCCGAGGAGGGGUGACGAGGCUGAGGAGGCGUCCGGAGUGAAGAGAGCAGUGUGAAGGCCCUCGCCUCGUGCUGUCCCUCGCUGGCCCGGCGAGCGCGCGUGCCGCCCCGACCCGAUUGGCCUCGACCGGCGCGGCCCGGGCUUGUGCCGCGCCGAGCGGCGGCCAGGCGGCCAGCCGCGGCGCGGCGCUGCAGACUCCAGCCCGCCCCUCUCCUGCCCGGCCCUCGC